AUGGCAGUACCUAGCUGUACAGGGGGAGUCGGCGGUGCCGGAGUUCAAGCUGGCUCUAAUGGGGAUCCUGUCCCGGGUGGCUCCUCUCAGCCCAGGGAGUCAGCGGCGGCGGAGCAGCCAGCAGAGGCAGAGGAAUCGGUGGACGAGGAGGAGAUGUCGCUACACAGGGAGGGCGAAGAGGAAGAUGAAAAUUUCUCCAACACCUCACAGCUCUCUGACAUUUCGGCAAGCCAAACCGCCUGGAAAGUGGAGCACAAGCAGAUGAGCUGUAUGAGGCUGCCCUGCGGGAUUGAGAUCUCCAGCCCUGCGGAGCUCAGGCGUGUGGCAGUAGAUUUCUACAGUGAUCUAUAUAAGACUGAGAACUGUGACCUGGGAAAGAUGGAGCGACUGCAUCAGGGGCUCCCCAGUCUGAGUGAGGAGGAGUGGUGUGGGCUGGACACCCUGCUGACCCUUCAGGAGUUCACUGCUGCCGUCAUGCAUCUCUCCAACCAGAACGCGCCUGGGAUCGAUGGGCUGCAAGCUGAAUUUUAUAAAUAUUUCUGGGACUGUACUGGACAGGACAUUUACAAGGUUCGUCAGGAGUGCAGCCGGGAUGGAGAUCUGCCUUUGAGCUGCCGCAGGGCAGGAAUCACGCUGCUACCCAAGAAAGGAGACCUCUGCAACCUUAAGAACUGGCGCCCCAGGGGGAUACGGCAGGGCUGCUCCCUCUCAGGGAUGCUCUACUCCCUCUCUAUAGAGCCCUUCCUGCACCGGCUGAGGGAGAAGCUAACAGAGCUGGCUGUGCCCCCAUAUGCUGAUGACGUUAAUGUCUUCAUUAUUAAUGACAGGGGCGUCGCUGUGCUGGAAUCCUGCAUAGAGAACUAUGAAAAGGCCACCUCAGCUCAGGUCAACUGGGCAAAAAGUGCAGCUUUCCUGUCUGCUGUCCUGUACCUCCCCCGUGAGGAGGGGGGGCAGGGGCUGAUUGAUAUCUUCAGCAGGGUGGCAGUGUUCAGGCUGCAGGCUGCCCAGAAGCUGCUCUAUGCCCCUGAGUGGUUGAGUGUUGGCAAAUGUCUUGACAGGCUAUUGGAACAGUGGCCUGCUCUACUAAAGUUCUUCACAAGCAAAGAGAGUCCUUCAUCUUCUGUCACUAAAGGCUCCAGUGGGGCACACGCUGGCGGACCAGAUAAAAAAGCACAGCCUCAUAGUGACAGACCACAUGAAAGAGCACAGUCUAGCAGUGCACAACAGCCUACUGUAACAGCACAGCUUAAACAGAGUCAGGUUCAUAAGAAGCCUGGUCCCAAGCAGAUGCCUUCUAUAAGUGGGAAGUUGGUUCACACUUCAAUACCUACAAAGCAAAAGUUUUGUAGUAAAGAGUCUUCAGCCAAAGCCCAAGAAGGACACUGUCAGAAGUUGAAGAGGCCUAGUUCAGAUUCACAGAAGAAAUCCCUCUCCACAUCUGGAAAAACCAAACCAAGAGAGAGCAUGCCAUUAUCAACUAAACAGGAUAUAAUCAAGUCUUGCUUUGAGAGAGCAUCCACAAAGUUGUAUUGCUUAUUUCUACAAGCAAGUAUUCCAGCAUUUGAUAAACUCAAUCUCCUGUUGCAAAGUGAUAAGCCUAAUAUCCAUGUCCUUGGCAGGGAAUUACAAGCCAUUUAUACAGAUCUUCUCUGCAAGUUUAAGCCAGCUGUAUUGGUAGCAGCCUCUAGUGUGUACACAGUAGAUUUUAGAAGUCUCAACAACCAGAAAUCUGAGAAUGACCUGGUGAUUGGAACAAAGACCAGACAAUAUCUGCACGCCUGCAUUGCUGAUAAAUCACUGCAACAUGAAGAUGUUAAGCUCUUCUACUCUUCUGCAAAGGCAUACUUUUCAGAGGCAUGCACAUACAUGCAGAAGAAAUUUCCUCUUCAGGAUGAACUGCUUAGGAAUGCCCAAGUGGCAGACAUCAGUCAGCGGGAGAAGGUGUCAUUUGACUGUGCCCUUAAUUUUGUGGACAGAUUUGGGCUUGUCAAAGAAGAUGAACUGGAGUCCCAGUUCUUCAGAGGACAAUUUGUCAGCAGACAGGGCUGAUGUAGCAUGGAAUAUGAUUGGACAAUUGAAAAAUUGUACAACACAGAAAUCCAGUUUCAGUGUGCUGGUGAAGGUCAUGCUGGUGAUCCUAACCAUUCCUCACAGUAAUGCAGAUAGUGAGAGGGUGUUUAGUAUCGUUCGCAAGAAUCGUACAGCGUUUUGGCCAAAUUUAUCUGAUAGGACCCUGGAGGCACUGCUUGUCCAGAAGCUCCACAUCCUUGCACGUGGCAGUGUGUGCUACAAGAUGGUGUUUGGCUGUGAUCUGCUUAAAAAAUGCAAACAAGCUACCAAUAAAAAAAUAAGUGGAAUUUAAUACCUGAACUACAUUAAUACAGUAAAUACCAACGUACAGAUCAGGAGGUCCUUAACUUUUUUUUUUUUUUUUUUUUAUAAACGACUUUUAAGUUGGAAAUGUUAAAAGUUUGUAAUGAAGCAAAUUGUACCAAUGUUUGUGUAU